AUGGCUGAUCAAGCCGACAGUGUUUCCGCCCGCCGCGGCCCAUGGCGGCCUUCGCCUAGCUGCACUUUGUCUGACCCGCCAUCAUCUCCUGAGCUGGAGCGAGCCGGACAAUCCAUUCGGCAUGCUGAAGGCCCGCAGACGGAGUCUGCUCGCAAAGCGGCGCGCACAGGCGAGGCCAUCCUCAAUGUUAUUCGACGCAAGCAGUCCUAUUACAACCGCAAAUCAACUCUGCAGAUAGAUCUUGACCGCAAAGUUGCCACGCGGAACGUUUAUGACUCCUCCAAAGGCAAACAUCCCGCGCGCCGUGGCUCCGACACGCAUCCGGCUGACGAGUCUGCAACGAAGCCACGAACCCCCGCGAAGAAGCCUGUGCAGACAUGUGCAGCAACAUCUCCCGCGCCGUUUAAUGGCUCUGCAGUUCGAACAGAGACGGGUAGAAUGCGUCUCGAUCGUGCGGGAAAUCCCCGACCUGCGAACAGGAAAUUCCUCUCACGCGACCCCACAGGCAAGAUCGUUGGAGACGCAAGCGGCCCAGAUACCCAACUAGAAGAGGUACAAGCCUGGAUCGAAGAGAAGAAGCACAUCAAGUUUGACCUGCUGCCCGAUGUGGAGGAGUACAUCUUCGAAGACAUUGAUGAAGACGUGCGAACCGAACCCUUUCACUUGAAGAACCAGGGUAGAAAACUUGUUAUAGGCCAGGAUGAGCAGACGGAAGUCUGUGCUAUCUUUCCCGCGGACGACAAAAAGAUCUUUCCGUGUCGCUUCCUUCUGCGGGAGAGCGCGAAAGGCGCCUACACCGCGAUCAAGGAUAUCACACAGCUCCGCGACUGCAUCGACGAACUCUACUACCCUUGGGAAGCUUUCACGAACAGCUCGCGGGAAGACGCCUGGAUGCAGAUCCAAGCUGUAGUCGGCUACGUGUUCUUGCUCUGCGGUGAAGCGGAUGUCGUCUACACGACCUCAGCGAAGAAUCCUGGAGCGUUGUCGACUGCACUGACCCACAUUAAAGAGGCGUAUGCUCCGAAUGACGCGCAUCCUACUGCCGCGACCGUGAAUAGAACGAUUCAGGCGAGCGACGAUUCCGAUAAUGAUAAGAGCCAGUUGGAGAAGAUCAACGAGUGGCUGGAGGAUAAGAACCUUCUUGGGAACAUGCUUCGUCUAGUCUCCUAUCCCUCCGUAUACAUCUUUCAGGACUUCUUCCCCGAGCCCACGCUCAAAGUGAAAGGCAUCGCCAAGGUCUAUGACCGGAUGUUGUUCCUCGGCGAGAACGACGAGGUACAGAGCUGGGUCGUCCCAAGCCGCGAGCCAAACAAGGCAAUCCUCGGUUGGAUUAUCAACAUCGAUAAAGAGACGGGUGAGCAGACGCACGCGUCAUGGUGGCCAGCUCUACCCACGCUCACAUUUCCCUUCCAGUCUUUCAAGGAGCAGGGUGAUUCUCUUAGCUGGCGCAAGUUAUUCUAUACUGUUGGAUACAUCUUUCUCUGCUUUGGCGAGGCGAAGGUGGCCGUGAACAUGGCCACUUCAUUCCAGAAGCAUUUCAUUUCUGUGUCCGUUGCCAACACCGUGGGGAAGUAUUAUGGAACACUCUUAGUAUCUCCUCCAACUGGCUGGCCGCAUGUGCGAAAGCCAGGCGAGUUCAACUCCAUUGGCGAGAAUCCGGCGCCGGUUUCCUCUACUGGUGGCCAAGUCGACACAUCUGUGCAGCCUUUCAAGAAGAGUAAACAGACAACCUUCGGCAAGUAUCGAAAGGCUUUGAAGGAGAUCAAGGGUCGUAACACCAAGCCGCUAGACCCCGGCUUCUUCGGUGCUCAUGGUGUCGAGAUUUCUCGCUCGAGCAAGUACACUGCUCCAGCUGGGAUUUACUCCACCCUGGAUGACCUUAGCGUUUCGCUCUUCCUCGGAAAAGCCCAUAACAGCAACGGCAAGCGGCCCGCUCUGGAGGACAACGAAGAAAAUAAAGAGAAUCGCCCGACAAAGCACGAGCUUCUCGAGGCCAAGCGCACGGAAGCAAUCAAGCUCCGUGUUUUUCAGCAGCGCGAGGUCGACAAGAUGCAGGUGGAGCUCGAUGAGAAGAAGCGGAAGCUGCACCUCCUAGAGGCUGCCGAGCUAGAAAUCGCAGGCCAGAUGGGUCAGGUGAUGAUGGUGAUGACGGACGAUGACUACGACGCAAUUUUGCACCCUUGA